UCCUGGACCGAUCGCCCCAGGCGCUCGCCCCGUCUGCCGGCGUCGCGCGACUGACGGCUGCGCUCCUCAAGGCCUCGGCGGGUCCGGCCCACUGGGGGCGGCAAGUGCGCCGCGCGUUUCGGGCAACGGGACCGUGCUCGAGAAAGUGUGCCCCUUCAUUCGUCCUUGUGCUGGCUGGAGAUCCCGAGUGGACAGCGGCGUGCCUGGAGUGAGACGGCGAGUGGCCGGAAUGGCGCGGCGGUUUUGGUGGUCGUGAAGAGUUUUUUUUUGCGCCGUCACGGCAUUUACUCUAUGGUUGGGACGAGUCGACGAAAAGAAUGUCCACCGGCGUCGGGCCGCGAGCAUCAGCGACGCUGAGUGCGGCGCUCUUGCUGAGCGCCGGCUUGGCGCUGGGCGGGCUCUUGGGCGGCCAGGACAGCGUGCUGCGCCAAGGUAACAGCGCCUGGGGUCCGGACCCGCCCUGGCCGAGCCCCGAAGGCCCUCGGCUGCGCGACACGGGCCCCCUCGACAAUCCUUGGACCUCGCCCCACCCCGCACCCUGGGAGCCCCGCAGCAAGGCGCUCGAUGUUCAAACGCUUACCAAUAUCGUCAACGUGGCGCGCUAUAUCCUCUCGUUUCCCCAAAAGUGCUUCUAUCGAGGCAGCGCCUACUCGUGCGGUCUGGGAGUCAGCUGCUGGAUACAGGGAAAAAGGCCAGUGGACCUCUGCAAUGGCGGCGUCAUCUGGAGCUGCUGCGUGCCUCGCAACGCCGAGCCUUCCAAGGAAGGCAUGGUCAAGGACGCUCUCUGUGGAAGAACCUACCUCCGAAAUUCGAAAGUGGUCGGAGGAGAAAACGCCAAGUUUGGGCAACAGCCAUGGCAGGCUGCGGUGGUCAAGCGGAGUUUUCUUUCCCAGAAGAUAUCCUGCGGAGGAGCGCUCGUCCACGAACGCUGGAUACUCACAGCUGCUCACUGCGUCGACAGGACUCCGGCCUCGAACCUGCGGGUGCGGCUGGGCGAGCACAGCAUCCGAGACACAACGGAACGCUACCCGCACGAGGAGUACACGGUGCGCCGCAAAAUCGUCAACGAGGGCUUCGACCGGAGAAACUUCAAGAACGACAUUGCACUCCUGGAGCUCUCGCACCCGGUCGUCUUCAGGGAACACAUCAUCCCCAUUUGCCUGCCUUCCAAGGGGGACAACUUCACCGGAGGAUUCGCCACCGUCUCGGGCUGGGGCAGGCUCAAAUAUGGUCAAUCCUACAUCCCGAACAUUCUACAAAAAGUAAGCGUGGAGGUUCUAGAAAAUGAGAAGUGCAAGACAUGGUUCAAGGACAAGGGCCGCAGGGAACAGAUCUACGACACCAUGCUCUGCGCCGGUUACAAGGAUGGUGGCCGAGAUUCCUGCCAGGGAGACUCCGGAGGACCUCUGACCAUAAAGAAGGACGACCGAAUGGUUCUCAUAGGCCUGGUAUCCUGGGGUGUCCAGUGCGCCCUGCCGUCUCUUCCGGGGGUGUACACCAGAAUUUCCGAGUACGUCGACUGGGUGGGAAUCUACGUCAACUGAGCGUCGCAUCGGCGGCCCAACGUCGGCCGUACGCCUCGACCGCGGCACGUGCGUGAUUGUGUGUGCAUCAGCGGACAAGUCACCGGGGUCCGUCGUCUGAAUGAACCAUUUUUCUGCACGUCGUCGUAGAGUCAUCGCUUGCGAAAUAGCGAAUUGUGCCCAUCGUUCUUGCUGAACAAGUUGUGUGCAAUACAUUUAUUUUUAUAUUCAAGGUCAAUGACUUGGUUGUGAAAACAGUAGCAAGACUCGUGAUGCCAGACUUUGUGCAAACUGUCUCGUUGAAGCUGUGGAGAAGGUGUCGAACUGCCUUAGGUGAAACUUGUUCAAAUUAGCGAUUGUCUCUUGAGUUUUUGGAAGCUAUGUCGCCAUCUUGGAAGACUCAACUAGUUUGAAGGCGUCUGGAGUUUCAAUGCUUUGCGCUGAAACCCUGAGUGUGUAUGCACAGCGAUGGAUGUGGCAACGUCUUGGCAAAAGUGCGUACUAGAGACGUAGUUAGGAAAAGGUACAGAGCGCCAGACGGUUAGGAAAAACAAAGCCCGGUUUUUUUAUUCAUAUAGGGUUCGGCGGUCUUUUACAAGACUACCGGUGCAGUGAAAUGCGCUCAUCCGGGAAGAAACUGCAGGUAGUAAAAUAUGACUGGCAACAGAAAAAAUAAAACAAACUCGUCCCUCGUCUCGAGUUUGUUUUAUUUUUUCUGUUGCCGGUCUAUGUUACCAACACGCUCAUCUGUUCAAGUAAAAUAUGAUGUUUGAUACAAACGCGCGGAAUUAAAAUGUCGUCGUUUUCGCGCUAACUGUGGCACAUACUUUAUUUAGACAUGAACUUAAAUAAGCGAGAUUUGUAGAAAUCAACCAAAUAUACAUCCCCAUUACGAGCGCCCGCAAAAUUUGAGGAAGGAUUAAUUAAUUAGUUAUUCCGUCAAUGAAGAUAACGAAAUAAAUAUCUUAGAACCAUUGUGAUGUAGGUCAUUUGUUUGCAUUAUAAACGAUAAUCGUUGUUUUAAUUUUGCUCAGGACUCGCAUUUGUGUAAAUCUAUAGUUACGUCUUCUAAAUCAGUAGCAUCAUGAGCAAAUGAAAGGAAUCAAUUAAAUAAAAUCUCCAAAAAUGCCUCAUUCACUAGGUAUUUCAGUUGAAUACGA